AUGUGCGCUUUCCAGUCUAAUUUAUCGUCUAAUGUUGGCUGGCGGUUAACAGGACGCUGGAUAGCAGGAAACGUGGCCUGCAAAGUGUUUUUGUUUUUGCGUGCUUUCGGUCCCUACCUAAGCAGCAACGUCUUAGUUUGCGUGUCCCUCGACCGGUAUUUCGCCGUCCUGCAUCCCCUAAAAGUGAACGACGCCCGCAGAAGGGGCAAAGUCAUGCUGGCUUUUGCCUGGGGCACGUCAUUUAUCUACUGCAUACCGCAGAGUUUUGUUUUCCGUGUGCAGAGUCAUCCUCAGGACCCGAUGUAUGAACAAUGCGUCUCCUUCGGAUUUUUUACUUCGAGCGCUCAAGAAAUCAUCUAUAAUUUAAUGUCUGUGAUGUUUUUGUAUUUUAUACCACUAUUUGUGAUUAUUAUCGCAUACACUGCAAUCAUGUGCGAAAUCUCCAAGAACUCUAAAGAUACCAAAGGAGCUUCAUAUCAAACUUCUAACGGCAGGAUAAGACUUCGUAGAUCCGACAUAUCAAAUAUUGAAAGAGCUCGCAGUAGAACGCUUCGAAUGACGAUUACAAUAGUCGUUGUGUACAUUUGGUGCUGCACUCCCUACGUUAUUAUUACUCUGUGGUACAUGUUUGACAGAGACAGUGCCAAAAGGCUUCCUGAUUGGCUGCAGGAUACCUUCUUCAUGAUGGUAGUUUCAAACAGUUGCAUGAAUCCCAUAGUUUAUGGCAGUUACGUUUUGAACUUUAAGAAAUUCAGCUGUCAAUGCUUCAAGAAGGGUUCCAGCGACAUACAUUUAAAUGUUCUGAAAUAUUUUUACUAUAAAAUAAAAAAAAAUAUAUCAAUUUUUUUGGAAACGUGGGGUAACAUUGAACUGCAGGAUUCAGCGGGUCUAAGCGACAUCGCUAGUGAUCCAUGCUAA